AUGGCUUCCACCACCAACGUCCUCAUCUCCGGUGCCAGCCGAGGACUCGGAAAGGCUUUCGUCGAACAGUAUCUCGCCCGGCCAAACCACACUGUCAUCGGUACGGUCCGCGACGUCAAGAGCGCUGCCGCUGAGGAGCUGCGAGCGCUGCCCGCGGCCGAGGGCAGCAAGGUCGUAUUGGUCAAGGUUGAGUACACCUCGACGACGGACGCCGUGGACGCUGUCAAGGAGCUCGAGGCACAGGGUAUCACCAAGCUCGACAUCGUCAUCGCCAACGCCGGCAUCGCUGGCCAGCAAGGGCGUAUUGAGACCAUCGACCCCAAGGGCCUCGCAGAGGUCUACCUGGUCAAUGCCGUUGGCCCGGCCGUGCUCUUCCUGGCGCUGAAGCCGCUCCUCGACAGGGCCGAGACGCCCAAGUGGUUAGCCAUAAGCUCCGGUCUCGCGUCGCUCCACGAUCUGCACAAGUACCCCAUGUUCCCGGGGUUCCCGUACAACGGGUCCAAGGCGGCGUUGAACCACUUCACCAAGACCAUCCACGUUGAGAGUCCUAAAAUUAUCGCCUUUGCCGUUUCUCCUGGGUUCUUUGAGACCGACAUGGGACGCAAGAGUGCCGCAUUUUUCGGCUUUGAGAACCCGCCCUUUUCGGACAUCAACACUAAUAUUAAGAGCAUUAUCGGGCUGGUGGAUAAUGCGACUCGGGAGAAGUAUUCGGGGCAGUUUCUCAAUUUCGAUGGCCAGCUCAUUGAGUGGAUUGUUAACGAAGUUGACCACGAGUUGAUAUCGCUGAUGCGACAAGCGGGCAUCAGCAAAUUCCUCUUCUAUCGCACCCAAGAAUUCGACAGUUACUGUAAAACAUAUCCGCAGAGAGCGGUGACUUCCGUGAUCGAUACAGUCACGGAUUGGGAAAGGAUAUAUAAACCACAUUUUGAGCAACUAGAAUACCCAGUCACACGCUUUAUGAAAGGUGACAUUGCGCGCAGAUCAUGCUUGCGAAUUCCACCCGUGGCUGCAAGACCCACCGAUCCAGAACAAUCAUGGAAUGAUGCUAGCAAUGCAUGGUUCUCCGCUGAUGAGGAAGCUAGCUUCGCGCUGGAGAAUGGGGGCUAUAGCGGUCCCACGCGACAACCUGGGUGUUGCAUUCGGCGGCUGGUCAAUUUUGCAAGUGUCUCCUAUAUCUACAUAGCCAAGUUUUAG